AUAAGCUGUUUGGGUUUGACUGAAGUAAGCUUCUUUGUUGCCUGUGUAUCACUUUUAGCUAUUCAGCGACUAUAAUUUGAAAAAUAUAUUUUCUCUCCUUUUUUUUCCCCAUAAAUAGCUUCCUUAACUAUCUGACUUCAAUCCUCUUGUGAAGUGCCACACCAUCUGGUAGACAUAUUGGAUCCAUUUGAAGACAUUGUUCACCUUCCUAAGUUUCUGAAAGUUUCAUUUUUCAAUAUUAAAAACUGAGUUUUAUUCUUUUUAUUAGUUCAGACUAUUCUGUAGGACAAUUUUUUGACGAUGCCAGGCAAGCAACAAGAGAUGUUCUUGACAGUGGCCAUGUUCCUAUAGUCACAAGUGGAACUGGCUUGUAUUUACGAUGGUAUGUUCCUAGAUAUACUUUUGCCUAGGUGAGCUUUGUUAAGUUGCUGUGCUUCAUCUUUUUCUUCAGUAUAACUUCCUGAUCUCUAUAAACUAACCUCUUUGCAACAAAGUCUGCAUUUUCUCUUUGAUUCUCCUGGCUUCCUCAAUUGGGUAGUGUUGCUUCAUAUUGUGCUUUAAAUACUUUGUGAAGUGCAUUUUCUCUUAUGGUAAUACUUCUUGUGAUUUUAUAGGCUGGCCUGGCAUGUUCUGGUUGAAUUUUCUUUCUCAGGAGUUAUUGUAAAACAACAUAUAUGGAGUUGUUUGCUAUGAUAUCUCUUCUUUUUGCUGUUAGGUUUGCAUAUGGAAAACCAGAUGUUCCAAAAGCUUCUACAGAAAUUGCAGCUAAAGUACAUGCAGAGAUAGCAGAUUUUGAGAGAGAUGGGGAAUGGGAUGCUGCUGUGGAAAUGGUGGUUAAGGCAGGAGAUCCAAAAGCUAGGUCAUUGCCUGUUAACAACUGAUAUCGAUUUCGUCGCAGCCUUGAGAUAAUCAAGUAGGAACAGAUGGGAUCUUGUCUGAAGCUAGAUGGCUUCUUGAUCUUGGGCUUAGUCCAAAUUCAAACUCAGCAACUCGUGCAAUUGGUUAGAGACAUGUAUGUCUUUGUUAACCGUAUUGCUUUUCCUCUUCAUUAUGUAUCAAUCUCCAGGAUAUGCAAACGAUGGCUAACUUCGAAAUUCAUUUCUU